CAGAAACCAAGUAGAUCAUGAGAAAGCUUUUAAUGUUCGUGGAAACUCUCAUAAUAUUAAGCCCAUCGCAAGGCCGAACUGGCAAGAACUGGCGGCUGGCCAUGUACGAUGCCUGUUUGGAACCUUUGCCCAAUAAAAACCCAGAUAUAUGGCGCUUUACCUAUCCACCGAUCUACAUGAAUGCCGUGUGUCCAGCCAAAGAUAAUUAUGUCUAUUUGUCGCUGAACAAUUUGGUUAACACGCCUAUGAAUUAUUUUCCUCUGCUGCCAGUGCCAUUUUUACUCUGUUCGGACUACAUUCAUUAUGCGGUUUUAGUGUUUUGUUGUGCGGAGCAAAAGGAAAAGGACAUUCGAGUGUUUUAUAAUCAAUCCAUGGUCCUGACGGUGGAGAGCAAUCCAAUCGAUGCAAUUGUCAACAAAACCAAAAAGUGUCUUGGGGACUUUACCCAGUUUAAGUUCUAUCCAAAUAUGACUAAAGUAAGAUUUUUGGAGUGCUAG